AUGAACAAUCAGCCUUCAGUCCCUCUAAGCAUUGGACUUCGUGUGGGACAUCGUGCUGAUUCUUUGUGGAAAGUAGGAACAAUCAGGUUUAUUGGCACCACACAGUUCUCUAAUGGAGUAUGGGUUGGCAUAGAACUCGAUCAACCGGAGGGUAAAAAUGAUGGGUCGAUUGGAGGCAUCCGCUAUUUUGAAUGCGUUGCCAGUUCAUCAAAACAAUAUCAAAUUGAUAAUGAUAGUUUGUAUGGUUUGUUUGUGCGCCCAAAUAGUGUCAAGCCACUUUCAGAGAUAGACCGCCUAUCAGGUACUACUACCCCAAUAAUGCAAAGGUCAACAUCUUCAACGAUGACGAAAAAGUCCUUUGGAUCAUUGUCUGAUAACUCUUUAAUGCCCCCUCCUAGUUUACCCUUCACUUAUCGAAAACCAUCGGGCUCCUCACUGGGAUUUCAGCAGCCUAUUUCUCGUUCCAUGACACCAUCUAAUGAAUCUUUCAUGAGUGAUCCCCAGUCUGAAAUACCAGAUGAACCAACUGAACUUCCGGAAAUACUUCCGCGUAAUAGACCUCAUUCUCCAGUAAAAAUUGGCGCCACGCCUCCUCUAGGAAAUGUAUCACCAGGAUACUUUAGACAACCGUCGCCUUCUCAACUUCAAAAUUCUGGUAUCAUAUCAUCUCCAAAAUAUAACCGAAGUUUAAGUACUCUUAGCAUGCGAUCAGAUUCUUCUUUUGUUUCAGGGAUCGGAGCUAGUGGAGGUUCAGCUACAGUGUCUUUAGAACUUCAGUUAGACAAUCUUCGAAAAAAAUUAAGGAUUAUGGAGAAAAAACGCAUGGAGGAUCGUGAUAAAAUUCUAAGACUCCAAUCAGAAAACAAAGAUACACAGAGACUUGAAAAUAUUGUUGGACGCUUACAGGCUAAGCUUGCACCAAUGCAUGAUGAGGUUGUAUCGCUUCGCACAAAACUUCAAGAGUCCGAAACUGAGAGAACACGACUAUUACAAUCAUCAGCAUCACAAGAUGAGAUAUUAGAAAUGGCAACCCUUGACCGUGAAAUGGCUGAGGAAAAACUUGAGAAUUUACUUGUUGAAAUAAAUGAACUUAAGGAGGAAUAUAAUAACUUGGAGAUUGAGUAUGAAGCGCUGCGUGAAGAAAACGCUUUAUAUGAAGAACUUCGUGCAAGUGGAGAACUUGGAAGCAUAAUACCUGGCGAUAAUUUUGAAAGUUCUAACGAUUUAUCCAUUGACAAUGCAAAAUUAUCAAAGAAAAAUGAUCAGCUUCAGGCAGCUUUAUUAAAAAUUAGAGAUGUUAUGCAAGAGCAGGAAAAAAACCAUAAAGAUGAAAUUGAUAGACUUAGUGACAAUGCUUCUUCAGCAAAGUCUAUGACUGAAUCUUACAAGCUAAUUCAAGAGCAACUUAAAGAUGCAGAAGAUAUUAUUUAUGAUCUGAGAGUCCAGUUAGACGAUGCUCUUGGUGCAGAAGAUAUUAUUGAAAAUUUAUCCGAAAAAAAUCAGGAACUUACUGAAAAAUGUAGCGAACUUCAACAUACCAUUGACGAAUUGGAAACUCUUAAAGCACUAAGUGAUGAACUUGAGUCAAACCAUAUCCUCACUGAAAAACAAUUGAUGUUAGAACUCGAUGAACUGGAGGCUUUGCACAACUCUAACGAAAUCAAGCUAAACGAGGCACAAGAAAGAAAUGCUUAUUUAGAAUCUGCUAUUGUUAAAUUCAGAGAGGUUGUGACGACAUUGGAAUCAGAUUUAGAAGAACUUCGCACAAAUAACCAGCUAAUUAACGCUGACUCAGCAGCAAUGGCUGUACACACAAAAUCUUUAAUGGAGCUUAAUAUGAAACUUAAUAACACUGCUUUAGAAGCAAAUUCAAAAACUAUGGAUCUUCAGUUAAGAAAAUUUGAAGCAGAGCAAGCUAUUGAGCACCUUUCUAUUGUAAAGUGCUAUUUAUCUGAUGGGUAUUUAUCCGAUGAAUCUUCCAUCAAUGCAUUAUUACGCCUGGAUCGUAUAUGCUUCAUGUCCCAAGUGAUUGAGGAUUAUUUAUUAACACGAGUUAAUUCAUCUGCUGACAAUCUAAUUCCCAUCAUACCAUACGUCAAAAUUAUUUUAUCCCUUGGAGAAAUCAAGAGAUAUGCGUCUUUACUUGCUUAUUAUUUAAGACACUCUGACCCAGACGAGUUCAAGCAAUAUUCUCAGCUUUAUUCUCAAACUGAACCAAUCGAGCGUAUAUUUUCUUCCGUUAUUGAUAUUUUACAUAGCAACAACUUACAAGAGGAUACUUUUCUACAUGAGCUUGAGGAUGCAUUACAUCAAUUAUGGACGCUGUAUGAAGAUACUCGAAAACAAUCUAGUAAAGAACCUCGUCAUGAGCAAACCAUGAAUGAUUUAAACCAAAUUCAACUUACACCUCAAUUCAUUCGCGACAUAUUUUUACAAAUAGAGAAAAUUUUGUCAGAAAUAAAUAUGAAUGGGAUUUCUAACAUAGGCUUGGACGGAAUAUUAAAUCAAAUUUCAUCAUUUAUGAGAGUCAAGGUUUUUGCAACCAAAUUAAGUAAAGAGUUAUCAUUAUCUUAUGAAAAUGAACUUAUGAUACCCCCCUCUUUUUCUUUAACAAUAUCCAAUAUUUCUACAAAAUGUCGAUCUUUAAUCCAAUUUUUCAUUCAAGUGUUUGAAGAUGUCCAAAAUCAUACUAACGACUCUGGACAAAUAAAUCUCACUGAAAAAGAGAUCUUCGGUAUUUUCAAAAAAAGAGUUGAAAAAAAUAUUAGUGGAAAAGAUGACUGUACGACGCCAAGUCAUGAUGAUCAAAAUAACACCGUUAUUUCGUUGAUUACGCAAGAACUUCAGACAAUAAUGAAUCAGAUGAAGGAAAUAUCAAGCACAGAUACAAAUGUUUUUGAGCCUAUUCAAAAAAGUCAGCCACCUUGGAAAAUCAACGCUGAUAAGCUAAAAGAAAUCUAUGCUGUUCAAAAUGAAAAGGAAAAAGAAGUCGUUGAACUGAAAGCUCAGCUUCAAAAGCUGGCUACCUCAUUACGAGCCCGAGAUAAAUCAAUCGAAGAAUUUGAAGUCAAAGUUGGUUUGCUUAAUUCUAAGAUGCAAAAAUCAAAAGAACAAGCAGAGAUGAUUACUGAGCUUAAAAACGCACUAACUGAAUCUUUUUCACAAGAACAAAAACUCAAAGAUUCAAUAGAAAAACUUCGCAAGUCUUUGAUUGAUCAAGAAGUCUAUCUAACUGAAAAAUGGAAAAAAGAAGGCUUGAUUUCUCUAGGUGAUAAUAUCAAUGAUUCCCGACAUUCCGAAAAUGUUAAAAUCGAAGAAAUUUCAACUGCCGCUUUGAAAAAUGAGAUCCAAGGUUUAAAAGAAACUAUUAAUCAUCUCAAUCGAGUUUAUAAUGUGUCAAAUAUUGCAUUUAAAAAUCAAAAUAUCGACUUUUCAUGGUUAGAUUUUGAUUCUAAAAAAGUUAUUCGGGUAAAUAAUUCAACGGCUUAUAGAUCUUACAGAAAAAAGGUUCACAAUACUCUUUUAGAUGCCAGAAAAUCUCUUCUAGAAUUCCAACCUUCUUUAAUCAAAAAGCCUGAACAGGUGAUACCAUCGAUAGAUAGAAGAAACAGAACUGAAAGGCAGCAUUCUUUAUGGAUUCCUAAAAAGAUUGACCCCAAUUAUGUUGUCGCGUCUCAAAGAGAUACAUAUUUUAAGGUUCGUCUGAUUAUCAAGAAUCUCGCUUCAUUAGAAAUAUAA